AUUUCUUAAAAAUGGAAAAUCAAGACGGAAAUUUUAACAACAAGAUGGAACAAAACGCCUCUUAUCCAUGUUCUCAAAACACAAAAUGUCUAACAAAUUCAAAUGCUUCGGACUGUGAUUUAAAAAAUAGGAACAAUGCCGUUAAUGGAGUACACACAAGCGCAGAGGAAACUAAACUUCUAUUCGUUGAGUCUUUGUAUGAAAUAAUCGAAGAUGUGAAGAAUAUGGAUGUCGUCUCCUGGGACGAUAUGUUCGCACUUAUUAAAGCCAAAUUAACAGAAGCCUUAAUUCAGAACAUCUACACUAAGUUUGACAAAGAUGGAGACGGUGAAAUCACAAUGUCCGAAGUCAGCGCUGUGUUCAAUGCGUUCGAUGCCGAUGGAAACGGCGAUAUUUCUGAAGAAGAAUUUAUUGGUUCGUGGAAGCGGGCGUUCGGUGGCAGCGACGACCAAGCUUUGUUAGUAUUUGGUCAAAUAGAUAAAGAUGGAAGUAAAAGUAUUACAAUGGAUGAGCUCAGUAACCUAUACAAAAGCAUGGAUGUAGAUGGUGAUGGAACUAUUACAAAGAAGGAGUUUAUUGGAAAAUGGAAGGAAUUGCUUCGUUAAAAAAGGAUGUUUGGUGUGUGUACAUAGACUAUGCAAUUUAUGAUGAUUAGAGAUUGACAAUGACUAUAAAUAAUGUAAAGAUACACGAACUAAGACGCUCAAAGGAAUGCCAACAAAUCCCGGACCUUCCAGGACAGUGAUUAGAUUUUGAAUAUACAAAUGACUUGCCAUGAUCAAAUACACACUUUCAGAAAAUGAAAGAGGAUACAUUAAUAUUUCUAAAUAACGUGUUAAGAUUAAGGAUUCUACGAGUGACAUUUUUCAACAAAUAGGUCGAGUCUUUGAGCUUUGUGCAAUCACUCGUGAUUAUGCGAGUAACAUGUCGCAACUCGUAACUCGUAACUACGCAAUUUACAUUUCUAGGCUUAAGAAAUUACAAUGUCUUAAUGGUCUUCAAAAUUGGAUUUUAUGUAGU